AUGGACGACCCUUUCCAAACCCAAGAAGAGUGGAAUUUGAUAAGCUCUCACGGGGGUGGUGAAGUUCCAAAAGUGGCAGAUUUCCUUGGUAUGAGCAAAACAGAAAGCCAGUCAGAUCUUGGGGCUUUUGACGACAUUCCUCAUCAUCAUCAUCAUCAUCAUCAUCAUUCAGAUUACUUCUUAAUUCAAAACAGCCCUGCCACUGCUCUACUGCCGGUGCACAACUCUGCAGUGGCAGUGGCAGCUGCUGCGCCCAACAACUACAUCGACAUCCACGAAAAUGCUAACAAUAGUAGUUUGCAGUCGUUGACACUGUCAAUGGGCAGCAGUGGAAAGGGCACUUCGGCAUGCGAAACGAGCAGCGGUGACACCACCACCCUAACCACCAGCACUGCCACCGUUGCCGAAGCUGCUCCGAGGAGAACUCUCGACACUUUUGGCCAAAGAACUUCAAUCUAUCGCGGCGUAACCAGGCAUAGGUGGACAGGAAGAUAUGAAGCACAUUUGUGGGAUAACAGUUGUAGGAGGGAAGGACAGUCAAGGAAAGGUCGUCAAGUCUACUUGGGUGGGUAUGACAAGGAAGAGAAAGCAGCAAGAGCUUAUGAUCUAGCUGCCCUAAAGUACUGGGGAACAUCCACAACCACCAAUUUCCCAAUUAGCAACUAUGAGAAGGAGAUGGAGGAGAUGAAACACAUGACACGACAAGAGUUUGUAGCUUCCAUUAGGAGGAAGAGCAGUGGCUUUUCAAGGGGUGCAUCCAUGUAUCGUGGAGUUACAAGGCACCACCAACAUGGAAGAUGGCAAGCACGGAUUGGGAGAGUCGCAGGAAACAAAGACCUCUACUUGGGAACUUUCAGUACUGAGGAAGAAGCAGCAGAAGCUUAUGACAUUGCAGCAAUAAAGUUCAGAGGCCUCAAUGCAGUGACCAACUUCGACAUGAGUCGUUACGAUGUGAAGAGCAUACUUGAAAGCAGCACACUUCCGAUCGGUGGAGGUGCUGCGAAGCGGUUGAAGGAGGCCCAGGCCAUUGAUACCUCCUCGAGAAGGCGAGAUGAGCUGAUAGCCCUAGGUGCCGGUUCCACCAGCUGCUACAGCCCAUACGGGUCAAGCUUGAGCUCAAAUCAAUUUAACUUAGCAUACUCUCUAAUGCAGCAGCAGCAACAGCAGCCGCCAUAUGAUCAUCAUCAACAGCAACCCCAACCUCUGCUCACUUUACAAAAUCAUCAAGACCUUAAUUCCCAAUACUCCCAAGAACCCCAACUGACUCACCAUAGCUACCUCCAAACUCAACUGCAGCUGCACCAAUACUCUAACCCUAAUCUCAAUAACCCUAAUCAGUUCUACAACAGUGCUGCUUAUCUCCAGAGCAACCCAGCUUUUGUUCAUGGGUUGAUGGGCAUUGGUGGGUCUUCUUCAUCUGUGAUGGAAAACAAUGGGAGCUCUAGUACUACCACUGGGAGUUUCAAUCUUGGAGGGUAUUAUGGAACUACUGGGAUUGGGAGGAUGACUUCAAAUAAUUCUACCACGACCGGUGCUGUUGGAACGGCCGAGGAACUGGCACUGGUGAAGGUCGACUAUGAUAUGCCUUCGGAGGGUUAUGGGGGCUGGUCGGCUGGGGACUCCGUUCAAGGGUCGAAUCCAACGGGUGUUUUUACAACGUGGAAUGACUGAGAGGUGUGCGCUGGCUUGGAGUACAAGAUUUUGAUGAGGAAGAGGAGAAUAUUAGUUUAAAGUAUUAUAGAAAUAACAAUUUAAUUACUUGCUUUUGUUUAUGUUUUAUUUUAUUUUUUUCACUUGCAGGAUUGAGCUAGCUAGCUGCUGAUUGAUAUGAUCAUCUUCCCUCAAAUGAAAUUUUAAAUAGCUAAGGCU